AUGAAUCCUGCAACUUCUACGAAUACUUUAAAGGAUGGACUUACGGUCGGGAGUGAGGCGAUAUCCCGAUCCGCUCUUGAACAUGAUAUUCGAUUGCUCAUAGUUGGUUACCAAAAAGUUUCAUAUUUUUCCAGUACACGCUUAUUAGAAGUAAAAUUGGGCGUUUUAUAUGGUUUAUAUCUACUAUUCUAUACGCAGCCCGAUACCUUCGACAAAGUUAGGAUUCGCCUAUCACUAAAAAUGUGGAAAUCGUUAUUUGAACUCUAUCAAUAUUGUCAGAAACAUAAUAUAUAUGAUGCAGAGUACAUAUACGAAAAGAUGAGAGCAGAUGAUGCGUUUGAGUUUGUGGCUGUUAUUGAUCCUUGUGGAGAAUACGGAAAUAUUACGCAAGGAAAAGGAUCAAAAAGAAUCAUCCCAAAUUAUAUAACAGAAAUUAAAGACGAAUUAAGCACUGGAUCUUUAGGUGAAUUUGAAUGUCCAGAAUCUUUGAACUGUCUUGAUCAAAUAAUCAAUCAAUAUCAUUUAAAAAAGCGAAAGAUCUCCGAAACAGAGGAAGCAAAGGCAGCGUCACGCAAGAUCACACGUAACAAGAUGAAUUCAAGAACAGAAGAUCAACUAGUAGAUAUCUGGUCAAUUGUCGCCCCUUUAAAUGCAUCCGACGAAAAAAUUGUCGAUAAUUUGAAAGGCAAACUUGAACAAAUCAAGAAAGAACGACUUGAAUACUUGACAAAGGUCGACGAAGCCAUUUAUAUGAAUUAUAAUGAAGAUGAUAAUGAAGAAGAAAAAGUUGUACCAAAUGUGUCCGAAAAGGAUACUGCAUUUGAUGUUCGGAAUAGGAUAAGAACUCAAAAUUAUCAGAACAAUAAUAGACAAUUCGUGCCUUUUGCCUUGCGUGCCACCCUAAAGGCAAUGGAAAAAGACACGUUAGCACGGUCAUUUAGUAUAAACGCCCCGCCACCACCGUCUAAAGCGUUAUCGUCUUUAGGAAGAGAUAUCCGAUAA